UGUCGGCCAUUUUGACUUGAGAAAUAAUGUCCAAAUCUUUUUCUGCUAACAGUUUAAAGCUCUGAAGGGGCCAGCCAGUGCUGAAGCGGGGUUGCUGGAGGAGGUAGGACGUUUGGGGAUCUAUGGAUGCAGGACGAUGUAUCGUAACAAAUAUCUCACAUCUCCCCUCGCCCUUUGACACCGUACAGAACAGGUCUUAUCACAGAUUGCUGUUUGUUUGUCUGACAUCUUAAAGUGUUUCUGGUGCCUGUGUUGUAAUGUAAGGCAGCCCUUGUGGAUGGGUGGGUUAUCUGACCACUGACCACUCAAUCUAGGAAACCAAUGUGUGUAAACUGGUCUCUGCAUCCCAACCAAGGAAACGCACUAUCUCCCUCAAGGCGCUCUUUCUUUCUUCUAUAGGCUGCAGUCAUGUUCUGGAAGUUUGACCUACACAACUCAUCUCAAGUUGAUAAGCUCUUGGAGAAGGAGGAUGUGACCCUACAGGAGUUGCUGGAUGAAGAUGAUGUGCUACAGGAGUGCAAGGCCCAGAAUCAGCGCCUCCUCCUCUUCCUCACCCGAGACAGCAGCAUGCUGGAGCUUAUCAACCUCAUCACGCACGAGCCCCCUACUGACCGGGAGGAGAAAGUGCGCUACAAGUAUGCUAAUGUAGCAUGCGAGUUGUUGACAUGCGAUGUGUCCCUCAUCAACGAUAAAGUUGGUGGAGACGAGUCUCUGCUGAAGACACUCUAUACCUUCCUAGAGCAGACGCCACCGCUGAACCCUCUACUGGCCUCGUUCUUCAGUAAAACUGUUGGCAACCUCAUCACCCGCAAGACAGAGCAGAUGAUUGGUUUCCUAAAGAAAAAAGAGGAUUUUAUAGGGCAGGUGUUGAAACACUUGGACACGUCGGCCAUGAUGGAUCUGGUGUUGCGUCUCAUUAGCAGCGUGGAGCCUGCUUGUCUCAGACAGGAAGUGCUUAGUUGGCUGAAUGAAGAGAGGCUGAUCCAGAGACUCAUUGAGCUGAUACACCCUCGCAGUGACGAUGAGAGGCAGUCGAACGCAUCUCAGACCCUGUGUGACAUCAUCCGUCUGAGCAGAGAUCAGGCCAGUCUGCUACAGGAAGCUUCAGAGGCCGACCCUUUGCUCACAACACUAGAGCUACAGCAGAAUGUGGAGGCCCUAUUGAAGAACAUGUUUGAAGGAGAAAAGAGUGAAAUGUGCAUCGUCUAUGGAACGCAAGUGUUACUCACAUUGUUGGAAACUCAGAGACCUGGUGUUGAGCAGGUGACUGACCCGUGCUCUCAGGGAUUGGAAAAGUCUUACACUGUUAACAACAGCAUUUUAAUGGGCAUCCAACCACAUCUAAAGCACUUCCACCACCUUCUAUUAAACCCACUCAAGAAAUGUGUGAUGUUGACCACGAUGGGCAUUCUUGAGGAACCGUUUGGCAACGCGCGGCUGUCUGCGUCCAGAUUGAUGGCUGCUCUCCUGUACACCAGAGCUCCCAGAAUCCACCAGGAGCUCUGCCAGAUGAACAUGAUCAACCUGCUGCUGGACUUGUUUUUUAAAUUCUCCUGGAAUAACUUCCUACACAUCCAAGUGGAGCACUGUGUCUCUGCCAUCCUCAACCAGUCAACACAGAAUGGAAAAACGCAUGACAGUCCAGAUCAGAUUCAGCUGGAAACACAAAACUCAGACAAAUCUGACAUGUUCACAAGCUGUGACUUGAUAAAGCAUCUACUGAAGGACUGCAGGCUGGUUCAGAGGAUUUUGGAUGCUUGGGAAGAAAAUGACAAAACACAGGAAGCUGGAGGCAUGAGAAGAGGAUAUAUGGGUCACCUGACCAGGAUUGCCAACACGGUUGUGCAGAAUGCAGAGAGAGAACAAGAACAGACCCAAAUCACACAACUAUUAAAGGAGCUACCAGAGGACUAUAAAGCUCGCUGGGAGCAGUUUGUGAAUGAAACACUAAUGGAAACUAACAAGAAGAACACUGCAGACCUGGUGUUCUCAGAUUAUCAGAUCCAGCAGAUGACGGCAAACUUUGUUGAUCAGUUUGGUUUGAAUGGCGAUGAGUUCGGAGAGCAUGACGGCAACAUCAGUGCCACAUUUGAUCGAAUCUCUGAGAUCAGCUUUAACCUGGGGGACAAGGGGAAGAGCUCUGCUAUCUUUGAGACUUGCACAAAGGAGCGAAUACGGCCGUUUGAAGAUCCCGAGGAGGAGGAAGAUAUUUGGGAGGAUAAAGAAAUCAACUAUGCAACACAAGUGAAAUCCAGAAGCAGGUUUGGACUGGUGACCAAUCCUCAGAAGAGUGAGGUGGACGGUGGCUCUCGCAGGCGUCUGGGAUCACCUGACAUGGAGUGGUUUCCAGAGACCAAACAAACUCCAGACAAGAUCCAGAACCAGGACAUGGAUAAGCAGUCCAGCGAUCCGCAGACAGGUCCUGGAUGGACAGCGAGUUUUGAAGAUGACUUCAGCUGUCAGGAUUUUCCUAGUAUCGCUGUAGAUACGGGCUCUAACGUGUGGGGAAGCUCUACCGCCCAGCUCAGUGAGGUGGAAGAUAAGGGAUGGGCGACUUUCACUGACUUCCAACCUUUCUGCUGUUCAGAUGCUGGACCCAGAUGCAGUUCACCCGUGGACUCGGAAAAUCCAAACAAACAGAGCCAAAAUGAAGAAAUGAAAGGCUCAUCAGCGUGUGUGUGGAGUGUGUGUGGGGCGAGGAAGGCUCCGCUGGUGGCGUCCGACAGCAGCUCCAGUGGCUCAGACAGUGAGGAAGAAGACCGAGCCAACAUCAUCACAGAGAGCGUCGCCAAGGAGAGCAUUACACUCGCCUUCGAUGCAAACAACAGUGACACUAAUGCCAAAGCAACAGAUGUCAUAGCAACAGGAACCAUGGCGAUACCCAUCACUGCUACACAGUCGCCCAAGGAGCAGAAGGGCGACUCCAGUAGUAACGGCCCAAUGUAACAGCGUUUGACUCGCCUCCAUCCCCAUGAAAACCGUUACUCCGCUCAAGAAAUGUUAAAUGCUGUGGUUUCCCUGUUUUGCCAUUUGCUGUUCCCAUCGAUCUGCAGUGUAGUUCAGUGGCUCUUUUUAGUUUGAGCAUGAGCGGUACUCUGAAUGAUUUCAUGUCUUUUUUAAUGAAGACAUCCUCACUGUUGGAGCACUGACCUUUGAACCCUGUGAGAGCGCCCCCACUACAGUCUGUGUGCGUGUUAGGCGUUGUGGAACUAGAAUAAGAUGGAGAUCCGCUGAUGGAUUCUCACGUAUAUGCAUAAAAAUGCUUGGUACGUUGACAGGCGUGAUGUUUCUAAACCAGUGUUUUCUAUUUAGAACAAGGCAUGAUAUCAAGUGUG